GUUUUGUUUUGUUUUGUUUCUUCAUUCUCUUUUGACAGCUGUCAAGGUAUAUUCAAAUCGUAUAAAAAUGCGUAUAUUUCGUACUUACGGCACAACGUUUGUUCUAUUUUUUAGUUUUUCAAUUUUCUUUUCAAUUCCUACAAAAUGUGAUGAUAUAAAAAGUACUAUUCGAUCCGUCGAUGUAUUUAAAACCAAAGUGUGGGGACCAGGACUGAAUCCCGAAAAAAUCGUGCUCCCUGUACGUUACUUUUACAUUCAAGCCUACGAUGCAUAUGGAAAAUCAUUCAAUACAUCGACGGCUCAAAGAUUUGAUGUAAAUAUACGCGGAGAAUCAUCGGCUGGAAAGUGCCGGGUUCGGAUCGAGCAGUUUGAUAGACGUGAUGGUGUUUAUAUAGUACGAUAUAAAAUUGUUGGAGUUUGCUGGAACGUUGAAAUUCACAUUCAGUAUAAAAAUAAACAUGUGGCAAACUCACCAUAUCGAAUACCGGACAAAGAUGUAUAUUCAGAUAAAUGCCGGUGUCCGCAGGAAAUUGAUAAAUGGUUGAAAAACUUGAAUUGCGACACAUCGUACGAGCAAAUUGAAUCCGAUCUGAAGCCAUUUAAACGUGUUAAUUUUACCGAACUUCGCCCAAAGAUAUUGAGAACCUACGAUAAACCGGGUAGCAUUUCAAUUUGCAAUUUUAUCAUCAAGGAUAAUCAAAUCUAUAGGAAAUGCUAUGGGCAACACACUGGCUUCAAAAUGUUUGAAGACGCACUGCUCAAAACAUUAGUUCGGCUGGUUCGAUUGCCAGACAUGGAGUUCAUGGUUAAUUUAGGCGAUUGGCCGUUGGUGAAAAAGGGUGGCAUAACUCGGACCCAUGGCCCUUUACCAAUUUUCUCGUGGUGUGGCAGCGAAGACACAUACGAUAUUGUUAUGCCAACGUAUGAUCUAACGGAAUCAACUCUACAAGCUAUGGACCGCGUUUCCAUUGACAUUUUAUCCGUGCAAAAUGCACAGAUAUCAUGGUCUGAAAAGCAAUCGAUUGCAUUUUGGAGAGGAAGAGAUGCACGAAGAGAGAGACUAGAUUUGAUUGAUAUUUCCCGCAAAUAUCCACACCUUUUCAAUGUAUCGCUGACCAAUUUUUUCUUUUUUCGGGACGAAGAAGCAAAAUAUGGACCAAAAACUGCACAUGUUUCAUUUUUUGAAUUUUUCAAUUACAAAUACCAGUUGAACAUCGAUGGCACUGUGGCCGCUUAUCGAUUCCCAUAUUUGCUGGCCGGCAACUCUGUAACGUUCAAACAGCAAUCAACAUUUUAUGAACACUUUUAUAAUGAAUUACAGCCCAUGUACCAUUUUAUUCCCGUAAAAAGAGACCUAUCAAAUUUGGUCGAUCAAAUAAAUUGGGCCAGGAAGAAUGACGAUAGCGCAAGGAAAAUAUCGCGUCAAGCUCAAAAUUUUGUCAAUGAAAGACUCACACCGGAUAAAAUACUCUGCUAUCACGUUAAUUUGCUCAAGGAAUGGAGUGGGCGAUUAGUCGAUAGCAUUCAAAUUCAACCCGAUAUGGAGCGAUUAGAUGAAGAAGAUAAUGAAUGCGAUUGCAUUGUAAAUGUUAAAACACCACGAGAUGAAUUGUAAACUACUAUUUUAUUUCAAUAAAUUUGACAUUUUCUUUCAGUAGAUGGCGUUUCAUCGUCACUUACAAGCUAAA